UAUAAAUGGAAGAAUAAUUGUCUUAGUAAUUUGAUUGUGUCAAAUUUAUUGAAUCUCAUCUACAAGGGACUCAAGAUAUAGAUAUGCAAUUAACUGAUUUAUCAUUUUAACUACAAUUGUUGAAAUCAGACUCAGAGGAAUAAAUCAUUCAAGAAACAAAAGCAAUUUACUAAAACCAAGACUAAAUCAUUCAAGAUACUUAAUAAUUAUUUAAAGAGUUGAUUGAUUAUAAAGAUCUACAAGAUUAGUACAUUAGUCAAACUUUGCCAUUUUUAGCAUAGGACAACAAACUAUAUUAAAAAAUGGAUGAAUGUCUAAGAUACAAAAAAAAUAUUAGAGACAGUUUAGACAUGUUUGAAAUUGUAAUGCAAUUAGAUUAGAUAUAUGAUUAAUAUUAAAAGAUAAUAGAGGAUAAUGAUAUUUAAUAAUUGUUGGACAAUAUCAAGAAUAAUAUUAGAAUAUUUAAAAUCUUAUUACAACUUCCAAAAAUGAGUCCUAGAUAUGGACAAAUAGAGAAGAUUGUCAAUUUGGUUGAAUAAUAUUGCCAUUAAGAAUUAUUUACAUCUAAGCAAUCAUAAUAAAAAUUAGAAAUUUUAGAUUUGCUUGAUAUUUCAUCAAGGGCAGCCAGCAUUUAUUUGCAGCAGAGACUAAAAGUCAUCGACCUUUCUUAAUUAACUUUAAAUGAUUUAUUGAGUACUUAAGAUGCUUAAGAAUUGGUUCAUCUCAUGAUUUCAAUCACAGAUAAUGAAUUACAAUAUUUGAGAAAUAUGAAUAAUUUUUAAUCGUUUUUCUUUGAAUUUUUGAAGUACUUGAUUUCUUAUUUUAAUAAAAACCUAUUUAAGCAGUAUUUCAACUUUGAAAACUAAUACAAUAGAAAUUUAGAAGUAUUCCACUCAUUAUUAUUUAAUAGUUUCUAUAUGGUUAUUUAACAUACUACAACAUUUUGUAAUCGUAUUCUGAUAAAGGAUAUUUACAACCCAAACAUUUUGAUUAGAUAUUAAAGCUUGCCUUUGAACCUUAUAGUGCUAUAAUAAAGAUAAUCGUAAAAAAUGAAUGCCAAUUUCUUUAAGGAAAUAUCAAUUUCUAAAUAGAUUCUACAAAGUCAGUUAAUGAGAAAUUGGCAAGCUUUGAUUUCAACAAAUAAGAUAUAUUGGAAUAAUCAUUUAAAAGGUGUUAUGAUUUGAGUUUUUAAAUAGCAUUUGAAGAUUGGGUAUUUGAAUGUAUAAAAAUUUUGGAUAAUUUAUUGAUCAUUUUGAAUCAAAUUAUUGAUGAAAUACCUUUAGAUUAAUUUGGAUAAUACAUUUAAUCAAUUAUCAAUUAAUCUGAGAAUUAGCAAUUCGUCAAAGGAACCAAUUCAAAAUUUUAGAUGAAACAUAAUAUUUCUUUAUUUGAGUUACUCAUAACUAAGCAUUAUGAAUUACAUAAUUUUAGAAUGAAUCAGCUAGUAGAAUUAGAUACUUUUAUUAGAAAAACUAUUGAAAAAAACAUGGAAGAGGAAUUAUUGAGAUAAAUAUCUUAAAUUAUAAGAGAAAGUAUACUUUAUUGAUAUAUAAAUAGAAUUAUAAAUGAAUAGAAAUAAAGCAAUUUUAAAUCAAUAUAUGGAAACAUUAUCUUUAACAUCUGCACUUAGAUAAUUAAUUGAGGAAUGUGAAAAUAAACUCUCCAUUCAUAUACUUAGAUUGUUAUUGCAAGAUAGUUUGAAUUAAGAUUAGGAUUAUAUUCAUUCAUUUACCACUAAUUUAGAGUUAAUUGAAAACAUUUUUAAAUCUAUCAAGGCAAAUAAAAUCAAUUUUAAGGCUUGUGUAAAUUUGAAUUAGAAUGUUUCUUAUGAGGAAUUAGAGGAAAAAUCAAAAAAUAAUUAUUUUAGUCAACCAACUUGUUUUUGGGCAACAAUGCACAUUUUAGUAGAAACUAAGUUCAUUUAAAUCAAAGAAUUAAAACCUUUUUAUGAAAAAUUUGUUAUAUAUGAUAAUUUAUAUAAAUGAUUCUUAAACAAUGCAGUUCCAAAGAAGGUUUCGAUUCAUCUAGUGAAGAUGAAUACCUUGAUUAAUUCAAAACUAAAUUCAGAACCAUAGAUUAUUAUGAAGGACUUAAUAAAGAAGGUGAAAAAAAACAAUACAAUUCCUAAGCUGUCUAAUAAUAAUAUCGAAACCUCACUUUAAAUGUUCCUGAGUUGAAAUAUAACAAUUCAACUAUAUUCUUAGGAUAACCAUUCUAUAAUACACAAUAAAUACACAGAUUAAUUGAAAACAAAGAAUAUUCAAAUGAUUUUGAAUUUUAGCCUUAAAUAUUGAGACCUUUUCUUGGUAUGUUGAAAUAAGGAUUAUAAUUCAAUUCCAGUUUUGAAUCUGGUAAUUUAGAUCGAGUUGACUAUGUAAUGUUUCUUAUUUUUAAAAUAGAUUUCAAAUGAAGAAUAUAAUUUAUUCAUGAGAAUUGACACAAAUUCUAUCGGUCAUAGUAACUGGUUUUAUUUCAAAACUACAAAUAACCAAUUGAACAAAAUUAAAUUCAAUAUCUGCAAUUUUACUAAACCAUAAAGUCUAUAUACAAAAGGAAUGAAACCAUAUAUAUUAUCGAAAAAAGGUUCUUAAAAAUAUUUUACACAAUAAGGAGAAUUUGUUAGAUAUCAAUAAGUUGGAGAACUUUAUGUGUUAUCCUUCAUUUAUUAAUAUGAGUAUGUGGAUGAUGAAGUUGAAUUUGCAACUCUUCCACCAUAUACAUACACAGAAUUAAGAAGGAAAAUUAAAAAAUGGCAUAAGAAAUCUAAAUAAUAUCUAACUAAACUUAAAUUAACAACUACAUUAUCUGGCCUUGUUUUGCCUCUACUUGUUAUUACUGAAAAAAACUCAAAUAAAAAUAAGAAAAUCAUCAUCAUAACUGCACGAAUUCAUCCUUCUGAAACUUGCAGUUCUUUUAUGAUGCAAGGAGUGAUAUAAUUCUUGUUAAGUGAAUGCUUCAUGGCAUCAUAUUUAAGAAAAAAGUAAACUUUUUAAUUAUACUCAAGCAUCGUUUUUAAAAUUAUUCCUAUGUUAAAUCCAGAUGGUGUGAUUGUUGGAAAUUUUAGAAAUGGAUUAAGUGGAGUUGAUCUCAAUAGGUAAUUUUUAGAAACUGAUUUAACUUUAUUACCAGAAGUUAAAGCUUUAAAGAAUUUAAUUGAAGACAAUUCUCCCUAAUUAAUAGGCUAUUUAGACUUUCAUGGACAUUAAGUAAGAAAAAAUAUAUUUCUCUAUGGGCCAUCAUCAAAUAAUGUAAACUAUGAUUCGAAAAUAUUUCCCCUGAUUCUUCAACAAAGGUUAGAAUCUUUUCGAUAUAAAUCUUGUGAAUUUGGAAUUCCAAAAUUUAAGAUGGGAACAGCAAGAGCAUUUGCAAAUUGCUUUAUAGAUGCUUUAUGUUAUACCAUAGAGGCAUCAUUUUGUGGAUAUUAAAAGGGAAAAUCCUUCAAAUUUAUAUCAAAAGAUUGGAUUUAAGCUGGUUAAUGUAUUGGAGAGACCUUAUUUUUAUAUUUUAAUUUUAAAUAAAUAAAUUCAAAAUAAUUAAGUAAAAUAUAAUCCAUGAUUAUUAGAAUAAAACUAACUUAUGAAAACAAUUAAUGAAAUGUCAAGCAAAGUUGAGUAAACUGAAGCAAAACAUGAAUCAGACGAUGAAAAUGACAGUCAAUCCGAUGCAGAAAUAUUUGAGGAUUAUGAUAACGAUAAGUUAGCAAGCCUACAAAGUUAAAUGAAAGCAGAAUUAAGCCAAUAAAAUUUGGUUGUAAUAAAUAAAGGAGAUUCUCAAAGAAAACGUAUGAAAGCUUAAACGGUAUCAAGAAAAAUUAAGAUAUAACCAAUUUUUAUAAUGAAUAAAAGUAAUCAAAUUAAUUAGUUAGAGAUCAAAGAAAACCUAUAGUAUACCCAGAGUUGAAUAUUUAAAAUUGGGAAUUUUCAAAUAAAACAAAUCAUUCUAUAGACACUAAAACUAGCUUCUAACAGAAAGGAAUUAAAAACAAAAUUUCUUCGACUUUUAGAUUUGUAUCAAGCAAAAGAGCCACGUCUCUUCAUGGAACUUCGCCAGUCAAUUAGUUUCCACAGGAAAUAAAUAUAACUUAAUAAAUUUAGCCAACUCCUCCCAUAUAAAUUCCAUCGAAACUGAAUUCCAAUAAUUUUCCUAUUCUUGAAAAUACUAGUUAAANAAAUAAAAAUAAGAAAAUCAUCAUCAUAACUGCACGAAUUCAUCCUUCUGAAACUUGCAGUUCUUUUAUGAUGCAAGGAGUGAUAUAAUUCUUGUUAAGUGAAUGCUUCAUGGCAUCAUAUUUAAGAAAAAAGUAAACUUUUUAAUUAUACUCAAGCAUCGUUUUUAAAAUUAUUCCUAUGUUAAAUCCAGAUGGUGUGAUUGUUGGAAAUUUUAGAAAUGGAUUAAGUGGAGUUGAUCUCAAUAGGUAAUUUUUAGAAACUGAUUUAACUUUAUUACCAGAAGUUAAAGCUUUAAAGAAUUUAAUUGAAGACAAUUCUCCCUAAUUAAUAGGCUAUUUAGACUUUCAUGGACAUUAAGUAAGAAAAAAUAUAUUUCUCUAUGGGCCAUCAUCAAAUAAUGUAAACUAUGAUUCGAAAAUAUUUCCCCUGAUUCUUCAACAAAGGUUAGAAUCUUUUCGAUAUAAAUCUUGUGAAUUUGGAAUUCCAAAAUUUAAGAUGGGAACAGCAAGAGCAUUUGCAAAUUGCUUUAUAGAUGCUUUAUGUUAUACCAUAGAGGCAUCAUUUUGUGGAUAUUAAAAGGGAAAAUCCUUCAAAUUUAUAUCAAAAGAUUGGAUUUAAGCUGGUUAAUGUAUUGGAGAGACCUUAUUUUUAUAUUUUAAUUUUAAAUAAAUAAAUUCAAAAUAAUUAAGUAAAAUAUAAUCCAUGAUUAUUAGAAUAAAACUAACUUAUGAAAACAAUUAAUGAAAUGUCAAGCAAAGUUGAGUAAACUGAAGCAAAACAUGAAUCAGACGAUGAAAAUGACAGUCAAUCCGAUGCAGAAAUAUUUGAGGAUUAUGAUAACGAUAAGUUAGCAAGCCUACAAAGUUAAAUGAAAGCAGAAUUAAGCCAAUAAAAUUUGGUUGUAAUAAAUAAAGGAGAUUCUCAAAGAAAACGUAUGAAAGCUUAAACGGUAUCAAGAAAAAUUAAGAUAUAACCAAUUUUUAUAAUGAAUAAAAGUAAUCAAAUUAAUUAGUUAGAGAUCAAAGAAAACCUAUAGUAUACCCAGAGUUGAAUAUUUAAAAUUGGGAAUUUUCAAAUAAAACAAAUCAUUCUAUAGACACUAAAACUAGCUUCUAACAGAAAGGAAUUAAAAACAAAAUUUCUUCGACUUUUAGAUUUGUAUCAAGCAAAAGAGCCACGUCUCUUCAUGGAACUUCGCCAGUCAAUUAGUUUCCACAGGAAAUAAAUAUAACUUAAUAAAUUUAGCCAACUCCUCCCAUAUAAAUUCCAUCGAAACUGAAUUCCAAUAAUUUUCCUAUUCUUGAAAAUACUAGUUAAAUAUCAACACCUUAAUAUUUGCCUUUCAUUACAAAACUAUUGAAGAACAAAAGAAUAGUCACAUAGAGUUGA